AUACAAUGUUAUGCGGUCUAAAAUGGAAACUAAACGAACACUAGAUUACCGAAUUAAUAUUUCCGUUUUAUUAUUCAACAUAAUUCCAUAGGAAAUUUGUAAGGAUCAUGGAGUCAUCCAGUGGGGGAAGUAACAUCCCCAAAAUUAUGGUUUUUAGACCUACCAUGGAAGAAUUUAAAGAUUUUUCCAAAUACAUCAAGUAUAUAGAAGAACAAGGUGCACACAAAGCUGGUUUAGCAAAGAUUAUUCCACCAUCAGAAUGGAAACCAAGAAGAAAUGGUUAUGGUGACCUUGAAAUGACUAUUCCUUCGCCUAUCACUCAAGUGGUAACAGGAUGUCAGGGCUUGUAUCAGCAGUAUAAUAUACAAAAGAAAGGUCUAACUGUGAAAGAAUUUGAAAAAUUAGCCAACAGUGAAAGAUACAAGACCCCAAGACAUUUUGACUAUGAAGAACUUGAGAGAAAAUAUUGGAAGAACAUAACAUUUGUAAAUCCAAUCUAUGGCGCUGACAUAUCAGGAAGUCUAUAUGAUCCCGAUCAAGAUAUCUGGAACAUUAAUCGUCUUGGAACCAUCCUUGAUUAUGUUAAUGGGGAUUAUGGUAUCAAAAUUGAAGGUGUUAACACAGCUUACUUAUACUUUGGAAUGUGGAAGACGACUUUUCCUUGGCAUACAGAGGAUAUGGAUUUAUACAGCAUUAAUUAUGUUCAUUUUGGUGCACCUAAGAGUUGGUAUGCCAUACCUCCAGAACAUGGAAGAAGACUAGAAAGAUUAGCUGCUGGAUUUUUCCCUAGCAGUUACCAAUCUUGUCCAGCUUUCCUUAGACAUAAAAUGACACUUAUCUCUCCAGCAAUACUGAAGCAAUACUCCAUACCCUUUAACAAGAUAACACAAGAGGCUGGAGAAUUUAUGGUCACAUUUCCUUUUGGUUACCAUGCAGGAUAUAACCAUGGAUUUAACUGUGCUGAAUCUACUAACUUUGCAACAGAAAGAUGGAUUGAGUAUGGAAAAAGAUGCCAUCAGUGCAAAUGUCGGAAAGAUGGAGUUAAAAUAAGCAUGGAUACAUUUGUUAAAAGAUUCCAGCCUGAAAGAUAUCCUUUUUGGAAAGAGGGCAAGGAUAUAGGACAUCACCCUGAAGAUGAUCAGAGCAAAUUAUAUCACAAAAACAGAGAUACCAGCAAAUUGAUUGGAGCCAACAGUUCAGGGACAGUUUCGAAGAGACAUCCAAUUUCUACUUCCACAGAGGAAUCACCAAAAAAAAGAGGUCGACCUAAAAAUGAAGAUGCAUCAACAGAUAUAAAAUCAGAAGUUACAGAACAGAAAGUGCAAAAUAUUAUCAAAAAGAUAAAAGAAGAUAUGGAAAAGAAAACUGAUGAUAAUGAUAAGAGUGAAGAUGAUGUUGAUGGAACUAAUUCAGCUUCUGAUACAGAAGACGAAGAAAUUGAUAUUUGUGGUAGGGAAGAAACCAAAAAUUUACCGUCCAGAUCAAAAAUUGAUAUGUACUUAGAAGAUGUCAGAAAACCCAAAGAUGAAAAACAAAAACACAGUCCAAAGUCAUUUCAAGCAGCUUUUGAAUCAUUAGUAGCAGCAAAAGGUAGUAGUUUUUACCUACCUUCACAGAAAAAAGAUGCAAAUUUCAAAAUCCCAAAGAAACGAAAAUCUGAUGAAAGUGUAUCUUCUGAUUCAUUAGAUGAUCAGCCUCCCAGUGCUCAAAAGUCUGCUAGCACAUCAUUAUCAUCUCCAACAAAGAAAACUCGACAUGAUUCUGGGGAAGUUAAGAAAAAGCAUAGACAAAGUUAUCCUCCAUCUUCUAGUUGCUAUUCGUUUAUGCCAUUAUCACAGCAGGAAUCCACUACCAGCAAAGAAGAUGAAUUUAAUAGACUCAAUUUCUUAAUGCCGACUAUUCGAUGGAUAAAACAACAGAAAAUGCUUCAAAAUUGUACUAGUAAACCAGGAACAAGUCCUCUCCAAAUGCCUUCUCCAUUUAUUCAAACAACAACUGAUCAUUUAUCAUUCAGUGACCUUUCUAGAGCUCAGACAAAGGAUAAUGAGAUUAUUGUAUAUCCACAAGGGGUUAUGGUUACAAAACAGCAGACCACCAAUAUAACUCCUAAGUCACCAAGAUCACAACAAGCUCUAUCACCAAGAUUGCAACAGGCUCUAUCACCAAGAUUACAACAGGCUCUAUCACCAAGAUUACAACAGGCUUUAUCACCAAGGUCACAACAGACUAUAUCACCAAGGUCGCAUCAAUCUAUAUCACCAAGAUCACAACAAGCUCUAUCACCAAGAUCGCAACAGGCAUUACCACCAAAGUCCAAACAGGCAUUAUCACCAAGAACUCACACAAUGUUAUCACCAAAGUCAAACCCGACUGUUUCGCCUAAGGUUUAUGACCCAUAUUCUAAGCUUGGUUUACAUUCACUGGGGGCAUCUAUUAAAUCGGAACAUCAAUAUUGUAAUAGUUACAAUGAUCAGAAAUCACAAGUAUUGGAUUUGUCUGUUUCUGCUGCCAUGUCUACAGCCAAAGAUGAUAUGAACUCACCAUUGUUUAGAUCAUUAUUAACAAGAGAUAGCCCUUCAAUGUCCACCAAUAUCACUGUAGCUACAGCCACAAUGAAACAGGAACAAUCCACAGGAACAAUAAAACACGAAUUAUCCACAUCUACCAUUACUUCUACUACAGAGACUUAUCAAAAUACUUCUGCUAGUAUGACAGCUGUUACACAAGUUUCUAAUAGUAUCUCAGUCAGUGAUUCAGCAUUGGGAAAUUUAAUGAACAUGUCAUCCGUAGUUUCUUUGUCAGAUACUUCAGCAUCUUCUGUAGUUGUCAAACCACCAAUGAAACUAACAGGAAGUCAACAAGAUUUAUUUUCAAAUAUGAAUCAGGUGUUUGAAUUAGCUUCUAGUGUACUUAACCCCAAAAAGGAGGAAACUGAAUCCGAAUCAAAGGACAAACGUUUAAGCAGUACCGAAUCCUCUAUAUCAAAUGUGUCAUUAGUUCAAUCGGCAUCAGAUCAAAAGAGAACUCCUGGACAAGUUAGAAUAAUUCAACAGCAACCAAGAGCAGCUGGUCAAUCACUUUUAUCACCUGAUAUUAAUUCAAGACAAGUAAAUGUAUUAAGCAGUCCACCAAGAUUGGCACAGCAAACAAAUUUAAUGGGAAGACAGAAUAUAACCAGAGGCUCCACAGUUAUUUCUCCACGAUCUCAGAAUACUACUUCAACCCAUAGACCAGCAUUUUCUAAUGUUGGCCGUGUGAUUCAGAAUCCCAUUCGAUUGGGAUCUCCUGGGAAUUUUCUACCAGGUCAGAAUAUUGUGCUACAACAGAAUACCUCUCAGCCACAGACUUUUUUAGUGAGUAUACCUGUGAUGACUACCUCUGGUACUGGCGCUCCCUCUAUGCCUACUACAAUUAUUUCCAGUACUAGGGCAUCACAGGUUAAUAGCAUAGUAGGCAAUGUUAAUAAGGGUGUAUCUGAGUCUAAACCAGCUGCUCAGCCAGUUCAAGCAAAUAAUAAGGCUUCACUGACAGUCAACCAACUCUUAAAGGCUUCAAGGGAAAAGGCAGCUUCUGUGAAAGUAGGUUCUGCACAACAAAAUGGCAACACUAAUACCAUAUUGGUAUCUGCAGGAAAUCCCAUUGUAAUUGGAAGUAAAGUUGUGCAGGUACAACCAAAUCUGUGUCUAAAUUCUCAGACAACAAAUCCAACAAAGACUGUUAAUGUUGUCAAUGUUAUACCUACACCUUCUCAAAGGAAUGUAUCAUAUAUCCUUACACCAUCGGGUGGUGCUGUGUCAGGAAAACAAGUGAUUAAUGUUAGUACAACAUCAACUAGUGUUGUUCAAACAGCUUCUACUUCCAAACCAGCAUCAGCUGUCGUCAAAAACAUUGUAAAUCAGACAACUGUUAAACCAGGAUCUCUUUUAUCCAAAUCUGUGCCACAAUUCGGUGGUAGUCCACAAUUUGGAACCACUCAGUUUUUAUUACAAGGUGUAACACAGAUUCAUCCAGCACCAGCAAAACAUUUUCAGGUAGAUUCUAAAACGCCAUUAUUUCAAUCCAUAGUGUCAAAAACUCCAUCUCAAGCCAUAAGUUUAGCGAAAUCAGUAAAUAGUGCUUCAAUUCUAAAUAGUGUAAAUAAAACUCCUAUUUCUGUUAUAUCACCACAAAAUGUACAGAGUUCUGUAACAUCAAGUAAAUCGCCUGAUACAAUGGACAGUGAUCAAGCUUAUGGGGCAAUUGUUAGUCCUAAUAAAGUGUUACAACUGGUACCUCAACCUAUUGUUCCAAUCUCACAAGCAUCAAGUAAAUCUGAAACUGUUAAACCAAUUGUCCCAUCUAGUAAUUCAUUAAUGGUUGUCAAGGAAGUGGAAAGUUGUAAGGAGGUGAAAAAGGAAAAACCUCCAAAGAAACAGUCAUUAUAUAAAGGUGGUCCUAAUGGAGAAUUACUUCAAACAAUGGUUCAGACAUCUAGUUAUAGCUCUUUUACUGGAAGUGGAUCUAAAUUGAAAGGAAGGAAAUCAGAGCAAAGUGAAGUGUCAAGCUCUGAUGACUCACCAAAAAAGGUAAUGAAAAGAUCUCAACAGUCUAAGCAAACAGCUGAUGAACAGAAGAAAUCUCUGAAAAUGCUAACAGAAACAUUAAAGAAUCGGUUAGAUGAAAAUCAGAAUCCUACAAGUCAGUCUGAGGCUUCAUAUUCAUCUUCUGAAGAGGUACCAAAAAGGAAAAAAAGGAAAAGUGGUGAAAAGACACCAAAAGUAGAAAAGAGAAAGAGAAACGAUUCAGAAAAAGAUAUUGGUAUAGAAGCUGUAGUCAUACCUACAAACAUUACAACAGAGCUGUGGACAAAACCUAUCAGAGAUUUAUGGCAACAUCUACUACUAAACUUUGGUGCAGAACAGAUAUUUAAUCAGACAUUAGCCAAGGUGGAACCUUAUUGUAGUAUCUGUGCAUUGUUCAAACCAUUAUCUAGAAUAUCUUCUUCAAAGGAUGGAACCAAACCUGCAAAGAACCUCCGUACCUUACCAAUGAUUCCUGAGAUGUGUUUUGCUUGUAGUAAGGACAAUAAGAGACCAUUUGCUGUGAAUUCAUCAGUAGACAAAGAAGGCCUCAGCCAAAUUUUGACUUGUGAAGACUGUAAAGUAACUGUACAUGCCAGUUGUUAUGGAGUGGCAGAUAUACCAAAGAACAAGAAGAAUUGGACAUGUACCAGAUGUACUAGAAAUCAGUUAUCAGCUGAAUGCUGUUUAUGUUGUCUACGAGGUGGUGCAUUAAAACCUACUACAAAUGGUAAAUGGUGUCAUGUUGUUUGUGCUUUAGCUCUACCAGAAGUUAAAUUUGUAAAUAUUCACAAGAGAGAACCUAUAAAUGUAGAUACUAUUACAGUGGAAAGGGCUAGGCUGAAAUGUAUGUUUUGCCAACCUUUACAAAACAGUGAUAAAUCUUAUGGAGCUUGUAUCCAGUGCUCCAAUGGUAGAUGUACGUCUUCCUUCCAUGUGACAUGUGCUUAUGCUGCAGGUGUAAUGUUUGAAACAAGUGAUUGGCCCUAUCCAGUCUAUAUCACAUGUAACAAACACAAUACAAAGGAAAAGGUAGCUAGAGACAGAGAGUUGACAGAAUUAAAAGUGGGAGAUAAAGCUUAUGUAAAACACAAGAACACAAGAUAUUACCUUUGUAAUAUUGUUAAAGUGGAAGGCCAGACAUAUUAUAGUGUGGACUUUGAGGAUGGAUCAUUUAGUGAUGAUUUAUAUCCAGAAGAUCUCGAUAAUUAUAAUGUUUCUGAUGGUCCACCACCUAUUGGUGCCAAAGUUUGGGUAAAAUGGACAGAUGGAGAUUUAUAUGGAGCAACAUUCAGAGGAACCAAAGAUCACUGCAUGUAUACAAUUGAGAUGGCAGAUGGUACUGAAAAACCACAUAAACGAGAUGAACUGUGGCUGCCUACAGAGGAACUACCAAAACAAGUCAAAUCCAGACUGUCAACUGCAACAGAAAGAAGAUUUAAUUUAUUCUAUGAUGAUGAAAUUGAACAUGAAAUUGCAGAGCAUGGAAGGAGAGUUAAACCAAAGAUCUCAUAUUCUAAGUUACUUGGUGACAAAUGAAGACAUUGUGCAAUAACAUGGCAGCUUAGAUUGCAUGAACUAGUUAUACUGACAUCACAUCUAGAUGCUUUAUAUUCUGAAUAGCAUUGGUCUUCCCUGGUAGGAUGUUAAAUUUUAUUCAGCCAAAUAGAAUGACAUUGUUUGUGAACAGCUUCACACAAUUAAAAUUGACAGAGAAAUUAUUUUUAUGACAGUUGUAUCAAGAAUUCAUAAGUUAGAGUUGUUUUUUUUGGAUUAUGUUUGUUGCAAAAUUGUUGUAGGUGUUGAAAGUUGGAUUUUCAUUUGUAUUCCAUUUUUGUGUAUAUUAAGAAGUAUGAAGUUCAUGUUGAUGGUUUAAAUCAGAGGUGAAAAUAUGUCUGUUUCCCCUUUGGGUAAUCACAACUCUUGUCAACCAUUUUAAAUAUAACUCUACAAUAAGUGACAAGAAAAAGUAACAAUUUUUUUUUUUUUCCUUUUUUCUUUUUUUCUUGAUUAUUUAUUGGACUGGGCAAUGUGAACCCUUGGAUUAUUUAUUGGACAGGGCAGAGCAAUGUGAACCCUUGGAUUAUUUAUUGGACAGGGCAGGGCAGUGUGAACCAUAUUAAGAAAGAUGAUUUUACAAAGCUAACCACUGUGAUGAUUAUUUAUUUUACUAAGAAAAAAAGUCUUAUUAACUUUUGUCUUGUGGAAAAAAUCUUUGAUUCAUCUUUGUUUGAUUAAUUACAUAAACUGUGAAGGAUUCUAAAACAAUAUUAUUUGAACUGGUCUCUUUAUGGCAAAGUUAGUCCCUGUUUAAUAGAGAGCAUAACUGUAAAUAAAUAUUUUGGUGAUGAUGCAUUUGAAAAUUCAAUUAUAACUGUUUCUUUGAAAAGUGUUUAUAGAAGAAGCUUUCUUACAGAGUUUACUUUAUUCAAACGGCCUACAAGAUAUUUGUAUGUAAAAGAUGCAGUUUUUCUUUACAGCAGGUUCACAAUUUGCCAUAAUUAGGUACUAGUAAAAAAACACAGGAAGUUGUAUAAAAACUGGAUCAAAGUCAAAUUAUGAAAACUAUCAAUAGUAUACACACAUGCAAAAUAAACAAAAUUUCAAAAAUGUUGACAAAUUGUUUGUAUUAUUUCGCAUGUAAACAACAUUUUAUCCUUAGUGUUACAUGCCUUUUGCUUUUUAUGAAAGCUUUAUUAUGCUUUUUAUUGAAGUUGAUAUCUGUUGUUUAUUUCUAUAACCUCUACUUAAUAUUUAUGUUUGUAAAUAUCACUUAGAACUGUCAUUUAUAUGACAAAUGGAUUGAGAUAGUGUGCAGAAAAUUCCUGUAAAUUUAUUUCAUAGCUGUUGUAGAUACACUCCUCAGGAACACUGUUAUAAAUAUAUAUAUAUAGAACAAGUAUAUAUUUUCAUAAAGGCAGCAACCAUUUUAACAUGUAAAAAUUCAAAAAUGUAUUUAUUGGUUGAUAGAUAAAUUUCAUUAUAUAGAUAACUAGUUCAUUGAAAAUUAAAGUAUGUAAGCAUUCUUUUUGGCUCCACAUGUUGUUCCCUUUGCUUAUUUUACAGUUUGUUACAUUUUUCUUUUAACCCUGUCUGUGCUGCUUUUAAAUUACAACACAUGUUUACAAAUUGCAGUAACCUUAAAAUGAUUUUAUACUUCAUGGCUCUUAAGUUUUUAACAUGAUUCCUAUUUUAGAAUAGGUAUCAUAUGAGUAAAUUUUAAAUGUAUAUUAUCUUUUUUAAUAUGCAUUUCAUGACUAUCAACAAUCUAACAUUUUCUUAACAUUAUUGUAUACCUUUUGGUAUACAGUUCAUAUUAUGAUUUGUAACAUGAAUUUCAUAUUUUGUAUGUUUGUAUUCUUGUAAUAAAUCAGUGAAAAUUAGCUGUAUCACCUGACAUCAUAGAGUUUUUGUCUGCAGCAUUUUUUUCUACAGAUUAUUUUCAUUAUUUAAAACAUUUCAUGGCCUUGGUUCACUCUUAAGUAUAAACAAUAUUUUCACCUAGAUAAAAUUGCACUGUUUUUGGGGUUUAUGGAUAUAAUGAUAUUAUUUGAAAUACUGACAUAGAUAUGGUAUAACCAUUCCAGUAAUAUAAAUAUGAAAUAAAUGGAUGGCAAUUAGUUUUUAAUUUCCACAGGGACAGACAUGUUAUUUAUACCCUGUGAAUAGUUCUAAGGGUUUAAAGUGCAAGAUCUUUUUGUAAUUUAAUUUUGUAUGAGACCAAUUGUAAGAUCAAACAGUCCUUUUUAUGUCUCUAACUUGAACAUAGUUUGAGACUUAAAAAUUAACCUUUGAUGACAUAGAUUUCAUUGUACACUUGUGUCACCAGUGCCAGACACUUGUAGUCUUAACAGCCUCACAAAAAUAAAAUUUGGAAUGUUUCAGGAAAAAAAUAUUCAUAAAAAAUGUUUUCAGUCCGGUUAAAAGUGGAGGCCUAGAUAGGAUAAAAGUUGUUGGAAAAGCUUUUAGGCCUAAAUUUGAACUGUGAUUUAUCUAACUACAAUAUGUAUUCACAAAAUUUGCUUCAUAUAAAAAAUGAACUGUACCGUUAAGCAGAAACAAUAGUAUGUUUACUUUCUUUUCUUGAACAUGACAAGAUGUUUAUGUUGUUUUUUCCCUCUUUAAUUUAAAAUAUUUAUUAAUUUUAUUAGGAGUAAUGAAUUAUGACAGUAUUGAAAAGAAGCAGUUGUAAAUUUGCGAUUGUAUAUUUAUUACCUAGAAGAGGUGAAUUGUUUAUAUAUACUUUUGUAUAUAUUGGUACCAUUGUGUUGUGUGUGUGAUUAUCAUGCAUUAAAAUCAUUAAACAUGUGAAACUUAA